CACAGCAUUUGGUGGAAACAUAAAAAUGCUGCUUCCCACAACCAUCGCCGCCGCCAGGCCCGGACCCCCGAUUGGCUGUUUUGGGUCACAUGACCAGGAAUUGGCUGCAAUUUCGCCCCAUAGUUGUUCAGUUUAGCCUACCCAGGUCCCCAUACGCUAGUAAUAUCACCAAUAUACACAAUUAUUAUAUAUCCACCGCAUUUACGCCAUUGCGGUCGGGAGCCUACAUGCUCGUGCGUUUUUUCAUUUCGUUUUAUUUUUUUAAGAAGCCAUAUUGUGUUGUGUGCGUGUGCGAGCGAGCGUGCGCGCGUGUAUGUGUUUUGUUUUUUUUUUUAUUUUGGGGAAGGGAUUGUUUCGGGGGUCUCGCCGUUUGAGGUUGAAGCCGGUUUUGAGGGAGCUAUGAAUUUUGAAUUUGAGAGGGAGAUCGGUUUUAUAAACAGCCAGCCGUCCCUAGCAGAGUGCCUGACGUCUUUCCCCGCCGUCCUGGAGUCAUUUCAAACUUCAUCAAUCAAGGAGUCGACAGUAAUUCCGCCUCCCUUCGAGCACACCAUCCCCAGCCUCAGCCCCUGCACAGCCAGCCAGCCGAGACCGACUGCAAGGAGCCAGCAGAACCGGAGAACCUCCGUCACUAAUGGCCUCCAGACGCACCACCGAGCCGCACAGCAGCCCUGUCCGCCUGGCCAGGCCCCUGCCCCGGCCACGGCCACCCCGGCCGGUCCGCUGGCCCACGAGUUCCCCUGGAUGAAGGAGAAGAAGUCAUCAAAGAAGUGCCCAAAGCCGGGGAGCAGCGCCAGCGGUGGAGGAUCCAUCAUCCCCCCUGCAUCUUCCUCCCCAUCGCCGACCGCCUCCGGGUACGCUUCGGCGGGCAUCGAGUCACCCACAGACCCGAGCCAGGCCUGUCUGGAUAGUGGAGGAGCCGGGUCCCGCCGGCUGCGCACCGCCUACACCAACACACAGCUGCUGGAGCUGGAGAAGGAGUUCCACUUCAACAAGUACCUAUGCCGGCCCAGGAGGGUGGAGAUCGCCGCCCUCUUGGAUCUGACCGAGCGGCAGGUCAAAGUUUGGUUCCAGAACCGGCGGAUGAAACACAAGCGCCAGACUACGCACCACCGGGACGGCGGUGGAGGCCAUGAAUCCAGCGACCCGGGCGGCUUUGAGCCGCUUGAAGGCGCCGAUGCCUCAUCCCCGUACUCCAGCCAGCCGCUGGAAGCAUCCGGCACCGGGGAGGCUACAUCGGACGGCGAGCCAGGGAGCUGCAAUCCAUCUUCGGCCGCCGCACCCACCGCCUACGCUAAUGACAGCGGGGAUAAUGCACAGCCCACGCCGGAGAAGGGAGGCCGAUUGAGCCGUACCGAACGCCCACCGCUGCCAGGGGCAUCUGGCUGCUCUGAGGCUGCCGCGGCUCACCACUCCCCGCCGACGUUCACCGCCACGAACUCCUCUAAUAACCCGGGCCUGAUGCAGCUCAGCGAGGCCGGGCCCGCAGCAGCGUCCGAUCCGUCAUUCUCUGAGCAGCGGGACCCCUCUAUCACCUCCACCGCCUCCUCCGCUGCUGCUGCUCCUCCCGCCGCCUCCUCCGCGCUCCCCGACCUGGCCUUCUUUGCCGGGGACGCGUGCCUGUCGCCCAGCCUGCAGAGCUCGCUGGAUAGUCCGGUGGAUUUCUCCGAGGAGGACUUCGACCUGUUCACAAGCACACUGUGCGCCAUAGACCUGCAGCACCUCAACUUCUGAGGGCCGGCUGCAACGUUUCAAUAUAAAAGAAAAGUACAAAUAUAAAAAAGGAGUGGACAGACAGGCCUGUGUGGAUGAGCAAUCGAGCGGAGGAGACGGCACUCGGCGAGGACUCUGCUGUUUAAAUAGCAUAAAAGCUUCUCGGCAACAUUCCUGAAACAUUUCUGACUGAAAAUUAUGUUCGUUUUUUUUUGUUGUAUAUAUAUAUAUUUUUUUGCAUCUUCUUUCUGGUUUUAUUUUGCGGCUGUAUUGUAGUUAAAGAGAGAUGCAAUUCGUUUCCAUUUUUUUUUUUUUUUUAAACACCGAAGGGAAAUGUUUUUUUUUUUUUCACGGUCGAAACGUUAUGGAUUUUUUUUUAUCUCUCCCCUUGUUCAGGUAUUUAUUGCCUUUCUUGUUUCUGAUCGUUUUUGUUAAAAUUAUUAACACUCAUCAGUAUGUGCGGAUAUGUUUCCUCGAGUGCAAUCUGGUGCAGCUUCAUGGAUCCUUAAUAACUUCUCAGGAACUGCUCACGGAGUCUAGGUGCAGAUAGCUGGACUGCUUUUAGAAAAAUCUCAACUGGAGAAUGAAUUCAUUGUCUCUCUGAACGAGACAAGACGAGAGAGAAGCCCUGCUGACGACCCGAGUUUUAGACCCUAGUUUAUUUAUUGAGAUUCUUUAAUAGUGAAAAUCCAAAUUAUUUAUUGUACAUAUAUUUUCAUAGUGGAAUAAUAAUAAUAAUAAAAACACAAACAUUUA